AAAAGACAUCGUCAGCCUUGGUGUCUCCGUGACCAAGUUUUCGAAUUUUCUCGUGGAAAGCAAACCUUUUGCGAUUAAUUACGAACAUUGUACUUGUGUAAAGUUUUACAGUGCAACAAAAGUGGUCAGACUCGCAAUCAAUUAAUCGCUCACUUGUUUGGAUACGGACUCAAUUUGUAUCAAUUGAAGCGCGACAUCGUGUUUCGCGUGCUGAUCUUCUGAAUCGUCGUCUACGCUGGGUUGUGUUGGUGGUUUUCAUUAGCUAGAAUUUUAUCGUUCGUCACAACAUUCUUCGAAGGAAAAUAAACCUAUAGUUAUUCUCAUACAAACGAGUGGCACUAGCAGCAACAGCAGACCGAGCUGCAGUAGUGUCGUCGUUGUCGUGUCGGAGAAUGCUGGUGUUAUGCAAUCUGAGAAUUUGCACAUAUAAUUACUGAUUCAUUUUCACCUGCCGAAAAAACUCGAGAAGCGAGGUCUAGUGAGUGUGCCAAAACAGCAAAAUGAACCAUUUGCAAAUAUCCACCGAUCCAACACUGUUGGGUGCCGAUCUGCCGGACUCGCUGACGACAUCGCCAUCGGUGUCGACGUUUCUCCCGGAGGAAGACGCGUCCACAUGUUUGCUGCUGCCGGGAACGCCCAGUCCCCCGUUGGAUUUUACCCACCCAUUGACACCGAGUAUGGGGAAUAACGAAAAUUGCGAGACGAUUGCCGGAGAUGAUCCUGCCGCGGAAACGAGCUCGUCGGGUAGUUCCGGCAUUGGUAUGGUCGGUGGAUGCUCCACCGGGGCAGGGAAUCUCUUCAACAACCACAGUGACUACCAACAUUUGAGAAAAAAGAGUGAUGGAAAGGCGCAGGAGAACAAGAUUCAUCCCAACGGCACGAUGCACAUCCCGAUGUCCAAGGAUAUGCCCAGUUUUGUGCACUGGAACUGGCCCCUGAUUCGGAAGUGUACGUUUUUCGUGUUUUUGGGUGGUAUCGUCGCCAUGGUCGGCAUUGUGGUGGCAAUGAUUGCGACGCUGCCAAAGUCGUGUAAUCCCCCAGUCGCGUGGUACAAAGGAUCCGUCUUCUACGAGGUAUUCCCGGCCAGCUUCCAGGACACCAACGACGACGGCCUGGGUGACAUCCGGGGUCUGAUCGGCCGAGUGGAGUACUUCAACAGUCUGGGAAUCGCGGCCAUCCGGUUGAACUCGAUAUUUCCCUCGAAACACUAUCCGGACAACUUCCAGGACGUAACUUCGCUGGCCGCCGUAGAUGAGGUGCUUGGCAAGGUGGAAGAUUUGCAGAAACUGGCGGCCGUUCUGCAUGAAAGAAACAUCUCGCUGGUGCUCGAUAUACCGAUCUAUCCGUUUGUGAAGCAGCUCAAUCCACCCACGCUCGAUGUGGAUCAUUUGCCGAACCGGACGGAUGAUGUUCCCACAAGUGAGUUUUUGCGUUUGGCCAGAUCGGUGGGAGAGGAGAAUGCUAUCACGAGCGUGCUGAGAUUUUGGUUGGCCAGGGGAGGUGUGGAUGGAUUCUAUAUGAAGGGACUGGAGCACUUCUACGACGAUCCGCUGUUGCUGCAGAACAUUAAGGAAUGGAAGUACACACUGGGUGCGGACCGGGUUUUGAUGGUGAGCAAACAGUUUGUUGACAUGGUUCCCGAACGGAUUGUGAAAGAUGUCCUGCAUCAUGUCGAUCUGGUGGAUGUGGUGUUGGAUGUUUCAAAUGGAACCGACUCGAUUGCGAAUACGGUUAAGGAGGCCAUUGACGGAACCAUGAUGAAGGGUGUUGAUCAUCCAUGGGUCCAUUGGAGUUUGGGAGGCGUCAAUCAGCGACGUUUGACUUCCGGAAUCAGUCCAAAUGCGACUCUGGCUGCUACGUUGAUGCAGCUAAUGCUUCCAGGAACCGCAAGUAUAUUUUACGGUGAUGAGAUUGCUCUCGAGGACGCUCAUGAUCCGAACGGAGAGCAUAGCGAAACCCAGCACCUGCAUCAUCUCGCCGCUAUGGCGUGGAGUGGAUUCCAGAAUCAGUUCACCGGGCGAGGAACGCUUCCAUGGCUGCCGAAAAGUACAUCCGCCUCGUUCCACCAUCUGGACAUCGUGAUUGAGAUGAUCGAGGUGAGGAAACGAUCGCCGUCUAUAUAUUUGAACGCUGUGGUGAAGGAAGGACAAAUUUUGCCCAACACGGACGUCAAGUCAAACCAGAAUGACGUGCUCGUGAUCCAGAGAUGGUACCCGAGAAGGUACUCUUUCGCAUCGAUCACGAAUCUUGGUAUGAAGAACAUUUCCCUUGAUUUAACCGCAAUGUUCUACAGUGGUGAAAUUGUUGCUGGAUCGUCAUCUAGGAAAGAGCGAGUGUAUUUCGAUAAGUUCGCUGUUGAGGCGCUGCAAACCGUGAUUGUGAGAUUACACAAGUAAACCAGGACAACACGGGUGGUUCUGUUUUGAUUUAGUUUUGAUUUUAUUUUCUGGAUUUUUUCUUAUAAAGAAGAAAAUUCGAAUCAUAACUAAUCUACAAAUAGCCUUACACACUAGCUUGUUCUGUACAUAUGUCAACCUUAGCUAUAUUGUAUAGAGUAGAGAGAAUGUCAAUAAAAUCUAUUAAAAAUA